UAAAACCGAAACUCGUUUGCUACUGGAAGAAAGUAAAAUGCCAAAAUGCAUAAAAUACGAUUUUAAAAGUACUUUUUAUUCUACGUUUGAAAAUAUGACGAAUAAUAUGAAUGCGAAAACGUAAAUAUGUGAAAUCGGCCAUAAAUCACAGGAAUAAAAUGCAAUUACAGUAUUUAUGUGUUUAAAUACACGCGCAUUUAAUCACCGUCGGAGAACAAUGAAAUUUAUAACAUUGUUUCUCCGCAUUGUUGUUUUCAUUUUCGGCAAAAUUUCUGCAAAAUUAAACUAAAUUAAAUUAAUUACCAUCAGAAAUGGAAGGAAAACAUCAAUGUCCGAUAUGCAGUAAAACAUUUGGAAACGAACGAUAUUUACGAAGACACGCGCGAAUUCACACGGAUGACAAGCCGUUUAAAUGCGACACCUGCGAAAGUUGCUUUUUGUAUCAGAGCAAUUUAAGACGGCACCAAGCGGCGCAUUCGGAUGAAAGACCAUACAAGUGCAAUUACGAAGGAUGUAAAUGGAGCUUUAAACAAAACUAUGAAUUAAGUCGGCACGUGUACAGAAUGCAUCCUCAAGAGAUUUUAUCUAAAACGUCACCGAAUGACCCGAAGAUAGAAAGCCGUAGAUGUGAUAUUUGCGGGAAACUUUUUUAUUGUCCAGCCGCUUUAAGAAUUCACUCGAGAAGACACACCAAAGAGCGGCCAUUCUUCUGUAAAUUUUGCAACUGCACGUUUCCAUACCAAACUUCCUUAUACAAACACAUCAAAAGGAUCCACUCGAAAGAGGAAACUCUAUCUUCCUGCCAGGUAAGUCACGUAAAAGACGAUAUUAAAGAUGUUGUAAGCGAGAAAAAAGAAAACGAAUUUGAUCCGUGUUGUAGCGCGGCGAUUCGUUCCGAAGAAGCACAAAAUCGACGUGAAGAAAACGUCUGUGGAAUGACAAGCGACGCGUGGCGCGAUGCCCAGGUCACUGGCGAAGACAUUUACUUGGAAACAGAUGCGGAACAAUCGACGUGUUUCGAUCUGUUCCCGGAAGUGAGAAUCGAUCGAUACGAAUUGGAAUGCGUCUUGUGUCGAGUGAAGUUCGACGAUGAAGUUUCUAUGCGAGAACACGCGAAAAAGUAUCAUUAAGCCACAUUUUCAAUGAUAAAAACUUUUCACUUUACGAUUGUUUUUCUGAAAUUUUUCUUUCGAUUUUAAUCUGUCGUCAUCGGCAGGUAAAGACUUUAAAUGAGUUUACAUUUAAAUUUUAGUGACAAAAUCGCAAACGUUGUUUAAUAUUCAAAAUUGUA